CAUCAUUUGAUAAUCUUUUCAAAAAUUAAAGGUUUUUAAUAUUUUUUUGACAUAAAAUUAACAAUGCCAAUCACCAAAGAUAAAUGUUUUAAAUCACAAAAGGGCAAUAAGAAGCAGCAUGCAAAUUUUGAAGAGAUUCAAAAGAAGAAUAUGGAAUUAUUAAAGGAUAGAGUAAUGCAAAUCGAUAGCUCUGAUGAUGAAGAUUCAUCGCGAGUUGGAAAGGAAAAAAUUGCAAGCCUCUUCAAAAAUUAUCAAGGAAAUGAUAAUGACGUGGCAAGAAUACAGCAAUAUUUUGAUGGUGAGAAUCUGGACUGUCUGAUUUGCAUUAGAAGUGUAAAAGCUAAAGAUCGAAUUUGGACUUGCGGUACAUGCUAUCUUUCGUUCCACUUACUCUGCAUUCAAAAAUGGGCUAAUGACUCGAUGAACUUGAAAAAACUUUGGCAUGACAAUCAGCCUAGUGGUUACUAUGACAAUCAAGGAAAUUAUAUUCGUAAAAAGGAAUUGAAUGUGUUUUGGGAUUGUCCAGCAUGUCGUCAUGAGUACCUCGAAAAUGAGAUACCAAGGGAGUAUUCAUGUUAUUGUAAAAAGGAAAUUGAUCCAGAAUAUCAAGAAUGGCUUGUUCCUCACAGUUGUGGUAUGAUGUGCCAGAAACCACUAGAAACUUUAUGUGGACAUAAAUGCACAAUUCUUUGUCAUCCUGGAAAAUGUCCUAGCUGCCCUCAAACAAUUCAAACGAGCUGUAAAUGCGGUAAAUCCCCAAUUAAGACCAUUCGAUGUUCCCAAAAAACUUGGAAUUGUUCUCAAAAAUGCACUAAGAUCCUCGUAUGUGGUGUUCAUAAAUGCUCAGGAGUCUGUCAUGGUCCCAACGAAUGUCCACCUUGUAAAGAAAAAAGUGUCAAAAACUGUCAUUGCGGAAACAAAUCAAAAGAGAUAAAAUGCGAACAAUUAUCAUGGAAUUGUGAAAAAGUGUGUGGCAAGCCUUUAAGUUGCGGAAUUCACAGCUGUGACAAGAAAUGUCAUAGUAAUGAUUGUGGUGAAUGCAAAUUUGGACUUGAAAGGAGCUGUUUUUGUGGUAAACAAAAAGUCACAGUAUCAAAAUGUGAUGAAUCUUCACUGGAUUCUUGUGGUGAUACCUGCUUGAAACAACUAUCAUGUGGACACAUCUGUUUAUCGAGAUGUCAUAAAGGAGACUGUGAUACGUGUAAGGAACAAGUUGAGAAAAAAUGCAGGUGUGGUACAAUGUCCAAAUUAUUUCCAUGUUCAAAGGAACUGUUAUGUGAGACUAAGUGCAAUAGUCAAAAGUCUUGUAAGAAGCAUUCCUGUAAAUCUAAAUGCUGUGUUGAAUGUGCUCCCUGUUCAAUAGUUUGCGGAAAGGUACUAGCUUGUGGACGACAUAAAUGCGAAGCACUUUGUCAUUCGGGAAAUUGUUAUCCAUGCAAUGAGAGGCAAAAAGUGACGUGCAGAUGUGGAGCCACUUCAGUUUCUGUUCGAUGUGGAAAGGCAAACAAAUACAAGAAUCCAAAUUGUAAAGAGGCAUGCAAAGUUCCAUCAAAAUGUCAUCAUGAAUCGAAGCCUCAUUACUGUCAUAUUGGAGAUUGUCCUAAUUGUAAGCAAAUAUGUGAUGAACAACUCAAGUGUGGACAUAAAUGCUUAGAUACUUGUCAUGAUUAUGUGAGAACUGUCAUUAAGGAUAAAAACUUUGUCCCGGCAGGUCCUUGGGACGUUCCAGAAGAAAAGAUUGAGUAUAAAAAGUUGCCUCAUUCGGCUUGCAAAACAAAAGUUUCAGUAAAUUGUUUAGGUGGACAUGAAGUAAUUUUAAUGAAUUGUUCUGAGGCAAGAGUCACGUCGUGUGGGCGAAAAUGCAAUCGGAAGCUUACAUGCGGCAAUCAUGUAUGUCAAAAAAAUUGUCAUGAAGUAGCUGAUUUGAAUAGCGACUUACAAGAUGACAAUUGUGAAGAAUGUGAACUAAGUUGUAUGAAGGAACGACCAAAAUAUUGUAUUCAUCCUUGCACUCGAUCAUGUCAUGUUCCUGAAAAGCCUUGUAAGAGAUGUAUCGUUCAAAUAAAGACGAAAUGCUUUUGUGGUUUGUCAGAUGCUUAUUAUCGUUGUUGCGACGUAAAUAAGCGAGAUAUUGACGAGGAAACAAGACGAGCUUUGUUAGAAAAAUAUCUUUGUUGUGGCGCUAAAUGUAUGAAAAGUUAUGCCUGUGGUCAUCAAUGCAUGAAUAUUUGUCAUCCAGGAAUUUGUGAAGGUGCUGAAAACUGUAGGAAGAAAGUAAAAUUAUUGUGUACAUGCAAAACUCGUAAAGCUGACUUGACAUGUGAUAAAAUACGAGCUGAAAAUAUUACAAUACUUGAAUGUAAUGCUGAAUGCGAGGAAAAAAGGAAGCAAAUUGAGGAAGAAAACCAAAGAAAAAUAUUAAAACAAAAGCAGCUAGAAGAAGAGAAAAAUAGAAAGGAACUAGAAGAAUAUGAGAAGAAAUUCGGACCUAAGAAAUACAAAGAAAGAAAGCAACGACAUGUUGAGGAAAAGAAGAGUGAUAUUAAAAUAAAAAUUGCAAUAUCUUCUGCAAUUUUCCUCGUCAUAUCAAUUGUUUUAUAUUUUAUGCUGUUUAACAACUAAUAUUGUGACUGAUGUAGUUAAAUUAAAUAAAUCAAUGUGUAACGGCU